UGUAAAAAACAUUACAAAAAAAAAUAAAAAUUAAUGGAGAUGAAAGAAACCAAAAGAACACCUCCAAAUGGAUUAUCACACUUUGUGGAUAUCCAUGAAGUGCCCGAAGAAGAAGAGGAGGAGGAAGAAGACAAAGAUGAACGCAAGCGAAACAAGCCCACGAAAGCUGCUGAUCAUAAAGAAAAACGCAUGAGUAACAAGCCGAUGAAACUUCAUGAAGUGAAGAGGCAGAACCAGAACUUUGGCAGGCAGGUUUCGCUGGAAACCGGGUUUUCUGUGCUCAACGGAGAUAAAAAGGGGAGGAAGACGGCGCUGCCCCGAAGUGGGAACAGCUUCGGAGGGUUUGGCUCCGCCGAUAGAAGAGAAGCGGAGACAAGGAAAGGCGAUUUCAACAUGUUCAGGACCAAGUCCAGUCUUGUGAAGCAGAAUUCUUUGCUUCCUUUUAGAAAAGAAAGUGGGAUUGAUUCUCAUUAUAAUGAUGCAUCUUGUGGGCUUGAUGACUCCAUCAACAAAAGUGUUCCAGCUGGAAGAUACUUUGCUGCUCUCACCGGCCCCGAACUCGAUCAAGUCAAGGACUCUGAGGACAUACUUCUACCAAAGGACAAGAAAUGGCCAUUCCUCCUCCGUUUCCCAAUCGGUUGCUUCGGCAUAUGCCUCGGCCUCAGCAGCCAAGCCAUCCUGUGGCGGGCGCUGGCCUCGAGCCCGGCCACCCGAUUCCUCCACAUACCACCCCUAAUCAACCUCUCAAUCUGGCUGCUCGCCCUAUCCGUCCUCGUCGCAGUCUCCAUUACCUACACCCUCAAAUGCGCCUUCUACUUAGAGGCCGUGAAGCGAGAGUACUUCCACCCGGUGAGGGUGAACUUCUUCUUCGCCCCCUCCGUCGUGUGCAUGUUCCUCGCCAUCGGCGUGCCACCCUGCAUCGCCCCGGGGAACCUCCACCCGGCCGUGUGGUGCGUGUUCAUGGCCCCCAUCGUGUUCCUCGACCUCAAAGUCUACGGGCAGUGGCUCUCCGGAGGGAAGAGGCGUCUCUGCAAAGUGGCGAACCCCUCUUCCCAUCUCUCGGUGGUCGGGAACUUCGUUGGGGCGAUUCUGGCAGCGAAAGUCGGGUGGAUGGAGGCCGGGAAGUUCUUGUGGGCGAUCGGGUUCGCACACUAUCUUGUUGUGUUUGUAACUUUAUAUCAGAGGCUGCCGACGAGUGAGGCGCUGCCGAAGGAGUUGCACCCGGUAUACUCCAUGUUCAUCGCGACGCCAGCCGCAGCGAGCAUUGCUUGGGGAGCUAUUUAUGGGGAGUUUGAUGGAUUGGCUCGGACUUGCUUCUUCAUCGCCUUGUUUCUCUACUGCUCCUUGAUUGUGCGGAUCAACUUCUUCCGUGGAUUCCAGUUUUCGGUGGCGUGGUGGUCUUACACGUUUCCAAUGACGACGGCAUCGAUAGCGACCAUAAAGUACGCGGAGCAAGUGCCGUGCGUGAUAAGCAAAGGGCUGGCGCUGUCGCUGUCGCUCAUGUCUUCGACCAUGGUUUCGGUGCUGCUUGUGUCCACGCUUCUCCAUGCUUUCUGGUGGCAGACGCUGUUCCCGAACGACCUCGCCAUCGCCAUAACGAAGAGGAGGCAAGGGGGGAAGGAGAAGAAGCCGAUCAAGAAGGCUUACGACAUACGGCGUUGGACUAAGCAGUCGCCGUUGUCGCUGGUUUCGGGGAUAAGAAAGCAAAAUUCUGCAGACAAAGAUGGCGAUGAAGUUGAAAAUUAAGGAUGGAAAACUAUGCAGUUCCAAAUUUACAUUUCUUUUUAUUAGUACUACUACUACACUAUUUUUUUAUUUUGGUCAUGAAAUGAAACAUGCAGGAGUAACGAUAGAUCUGUCUUAGCAAGUUGCAGUUUAUUACAGCAGGAUUUGAAAUUGUCAAUCCGUUUAUGUGUAUUUCAUUUUACUAAUUAAUUGAACUAC